CUUCAAUCUAACAUGACUGCACUCCAACAUGGUGCAUCUUAGGAAAAGUUGAAGCGUCAUUUCCAACCGCAUGGAUCGCUCUUCUGUUCCGUUCAGCGGACUUUCGUCGAGUCGGCGCAGCUCUUCGACUGCCUUCAUUGCGCCGACUCGUGCCGCCUUCACUUCGGCCGAAUUGGCUAAAUCUGUCGCGCAAGGUAUCACCAUUUCGGUCCCUGCCAGUCAGUCUGUCCGCAGCACUCGUUGAAGCCGGUCCCUGAGAGAGCCGGAAGCUUACCUACCCAGCGCCCAGAGCCCCUGGCAACGUGGUCUAGUUUUUUCCUUCCACACAGCGAGGAGGAUAUUUUUAACUCGCGCGAGUACGUCGUCAUUCGGAGGAAUUUGACCUGUUUAUGGCAUUAAAAGGCAGUGAAAACUUGGAAGAGUGUUCUAAGUGCAGGGGUGGAAAAAUACGUUAGUCAUUCGGUAUCGUACAAUUGAGACGAGAAGGUGUACGGGUAAAUAAGACAUAAUUGGACGUUUUCCUGCACUUCGAUAUUCAUUUGGGUGAUUGACGUGUGGUCGCACGAUCUGGCAAAGGACAAACCGUACUGCAGUGAAAUUGCGUGUUGGGAAGUGCUUUUCUUCGUUUCCUUAAGUGUACUCUUCGAGAACGACAGCUAUUUGCAUGCUUUCAUUAGCUAGAGUAGUUUAUUUCACAACUAAUGGUGCUUCAGUUCGGACGUUUGAUCGGUGUUUCUUUGGUGUAAUUGCUAAGUGUUGGCCCAAGUCACCAGUAGCGGAAAACUUUGAAAGACUCAUACGGUAUUUCGUUUCACCCUCGAAAGCAUUUUCGCAACUUUCCGGAAUGGUUAAGCAAGGUCCACGUCCGCUCGUAAUCUGCGGCCCGUCCGGGUCCGGAAAGAGCACCCUGCUGAAGAAGCUGUUCAAAGAGUUUCCAGAAACGUUCGGGUUCAGCGUGUCGCACACCACUCGGAAACCCAGACCUGGAGAGGAGGAUGGCGUUCACUAUCACUUUGUCUCGGUGGAGGAGAUGCAAGCGGCUAUUGAGAACGGAGAGUUCAUCGAAACUGCCGUUUUCAGUGGGAACAUGUACGGUACAAGCAAACAAGCGGUGGAAAAUGUGCAACAACAAGGCAAAGUGUGCGUGCUGGACAUCGAAAUCGAGGGAGUAAAACAAGUGCGCAAUUCCGACCGGUUAAAUCCGCUGUUGGUGUUCGUUAAUCCUCCUUCGAUUGCUGAGCUGGAGCGUAGACUUCGCGGACGUCAGACCGAAACCGAGGAGAGCUUACAGAAGCGUCUCAACACGGCACGGGUCGAGAUUGAGUACGGUUCCACUCCGGGCAACUUCGACAUCGUGGUCCACAACAGCAACCUGAAGCAAGCGUACGCGGCCCUGCGGGACUUUAUCGUCCGGGAGCUGGAAACCCAACAGAACCAAGGUAUCAACGUCAGUUUGACCCGUGUGGCCAUGAAUGAAGACUAAACCGCCCCUCCCCUUGUUUUUUACCUGACCCCGCUGUUUGAUGAUUGUUGAGUGCAUUUAUCCCCCGCUCGCUGUCGGCAGGAUCCGCCAGAAACCGGAACGUCGAACCCGUCUUUACUAAUCCCAAACUUACACUUACACACGCAAAGAAAGUAGAUUACCAUUUUCCUACCGGUGUUGAAAGCAGUACCCUAGACAGUACCUUAACUUGAUUGUAUUUCUAACGUGAAUCAUUCCACUUUUUGUAAUAGAUAUAUUGUAACUACUAUGGAAGGGUCUGCCCCGUACGGUUGUGUUAUGCCAAACGGGGUAGACUCCUAAGGAAUAACUCAACCAUGGUGCUAAGUAUCUAGUUUCACUGAAUUUCACUUCCGUAAGGUCGACACAGUAAUACUACCAUUUGAUCAAUAUGAUGAUUAGGCUUUGAUAUUAGACAGAGAGCGGUCUCCGAGUUAGAAGGAGAUCGAUUAGAAUAAGUGUUUAGAGCAAAGAAAUUCGAACGAAUUUAUAGUUUCAAUCGAUAAGGCAGCAACA